GCGGCGCUGCCGUUUGAAACACGUCCACAAAGGAAGUAGUUAGAAAGCUAAAAGUUAGCUAACGGGUGCGUUAGGACGGGACAAUUUACUGUUGUUUAAUAUAGAGGACGGUUAUAAUUCGUAUUAUGUGCAAAUGCAGGCGGAGGAAUGUUAAACGCGACAAAAUGUUGAACAGGUACGGUGGCUAGUUAGCCAACAGCGCGCAUGUUGAUUGUAUAGCCUACUGUAAAUAGCAGCACUUUUCCAGGUGAUUGGCUAGGUUGUGUUUAUGCGGUUAAAGACGAACAGUUUCGACUGAUAAGACGCACUUUUCCUUAGCGUUUGGAGUUACUGGUUUUGUUUGACAGUCUUCUGCUCUGUGGGAAUGGAGUAAGAACAGCUAGAACCGCAGACUAGUCAAACUUCUCCAGUACGUUGUUUGCUGAAAGCGCUCCUGGCUAUCUAGCUUAACUGAAAAGCUUAGUGUGUGGGGGUUAAAUAAAUAAAUAAAUAAACAAAUAAAAGAAGUAUGAAGACCGCAGAGAGAAAUGUGGUGCGUCUUGCAGUUGUGCAGCACCUUCGGGCAACUUUCGCCAUCAAGACGAAGAACUGGAACAAAUGCAAAAGCAACAAGUCCCCAUCAGGCAGUGCGACAAAGGUCUUUGGAGUGGCUUUAGAAAGUCUAUCACAUUGUCAUGUGCUAGACUAUGGAGAUCUACCCUGCUUCCUAGUGGAUGCCUGUACAUUCCUUCUGGGCCAUUUGGACACAGAGGGCCUGUUUAGAAAAUCAGGUUCUAUUGUUCGAGUGAAGGCGCUUAGGGUGAAGUUGGAUAAGGCAGAAGAGUGCCUGUCCACUGCGCUGCCAUCGGAUAUAGCCGGACUCCUGAAGCAGUUCUUCAGGGAACUGCCUGAGCCUCUUGUAGCCACAGACCUACAGAGCAGCUUUCUAAAAGCCCAGGAGCUGCCAACUUCGGAGGAGAGGACCUCAGCAACCCUCCUGCUGUCCUGUGUGCUGGCACAUGAGAAUUUAAGCAUUCUACGCUACUUCUGCAGCUUCCUGAAAAUGGUUUCUCAGAGAUCUGCUGAAAACAAGAUGGACAGCAGCAAUCUUUCGGUCAUUUUCGCCCCAAACCUCUUUCACUGGGGGGACGGAACAGAGAAAGUGAACGCCAGCACAGAGAAAAGACUAAAGCUUCAAGCUGCUGUGGUGCAGUGCCUCAUUGAUAACUCUCAGGAUCUAGGUGUGGUACCAGAGUUCCUUAUGGCCAAAGUUCCAGCCAUGCUAGGUUGUGGAUCUGGAGUGUUUUCCCCUUCAGAUGCUGCGGAGGAGGGAAUCACACCAUCGGGUGUAAAGAGAUGCAGGCGCAGUAUUGGAGAUAUGGUAAAUGGAGCUCUGACUAGGUUAAAAAGUAGUAGAACUCCUUCAGAUACACCUCAGCCUGAUGGAACAGUCAUUUCCGCUGGGACCCCUGUUGUUGGAACGCCUAAGCGCAAACUGCCUCUGGAGUCAGGACACAGUUAUGGACUCUCCAACAAGAAGCGGAGGUCUAUCAAGAACCUCGGGCUGGACCUUCUACCGAAUGCCUUUUUUGGAGGAAUCUCCACACCUGGAUCAGUCCACAGUGCCUCAGGAGCCCUGGAUUCAUGUGGCUCGCCCUCAAUUGGUAAAAGUAGCCGUCUGACUGUCAGCUCAGCAAGAAGAAAGAGCAAAAGACUGAGCCACAGAAAAGUAAACAGAGUUGAAUCAGGAAAGGCUGGCUGCUUUUCCCCAAGAGUAGCCAAAAAAGAGACGAGAAAGUCCCUGCGUCUGCGCUUCAGCUUCGGGAAAACCGGCCGAGAUUGUAGUGUCAUUUCAAAUUCUCUACCGGUGCCAAAGGGGUCAGAGGUCAUUGGCUGGCGCCUAGCGACACAAGAGAGCGUCACCGGUUUUCACUUCAAAGACGCUGCAUUUAGUCCAGCUAUACUGACAAACAACACUUCACAAGGAACGAAAUACAUCAGUAAAUCUGAAGAUAACCUGCUGACCCCUCAUGAGGCAGAAGAGCCCGGGACGUCCUGGAGUAGGGAGACUCUAGAUGGAAUCACAGAACACACUUUCUCUGAUACGCCAAUGAAAGCAUACCUCAGCUACCGCUCAGAACCAACCAUAGUCAUCAGGAAACCGGCUAUAGUCAGCACCAUUCCGAAGAGCCUCUGCUGUGCUGCUAGUGGUGAGAGCUUAGCUAGUUCAGAGUCUUUCCAAGAGGAUGACUCUCGGGCAGCUCCUAAUCUUCAGCGAGUCAGUGGAGCUUUUGCUGAAUCUGACAGUAAGAGUCAUUCUGCUGAUAGAGAGGAACCCAAAGAAAAAACAGAGGAACCUUCAUGUUCCUCUUUCAUUUUGCAAGCUUCAGGUGAACUGAAGAAACCUGCUGAAACGCCACAGAAGGUUUUGAAGGAUGAUAGUCAUAAUAUCACUGUUGAACAAAUUGAGUUUGUUCCCUUGUCUCCUCUGCAUAUAGACAGCACUAUGUUUGAAGCUGCAGAGAGUUCAGAUUUAGUCAAAGAUACCCACCAAGUGUCUGUGAGUGCUGACAAUGAGUGCAGCUCGCAGUUUCAAGACAUCUCUGCAGCUUCUGCAGACUGCAGCCAGCUGAUUGACGCUCUAGACCUCCAAAGCCCUGUGGCCUUCAGGCCCAACAGCUCAAUCACAGUUCAGUCUACACCAUUUUCAGGAAGAGAGAAAACUGAGGAACGGAAUACGUUGCGGUCUGUGAAGUUCAAAGAGCCAUUGUUUUUGGAAAAGUGUUCCGAGUCUUCAAGUCAGCAUGGAGCCAAACUUGGACCCAUGGAACCAUGUAAAGUGAGAGUGGCUGACCAUGUCCAGCGGUUCAACAUGCUGACAAUCAAUUCGCCCAAAGCCCGAUCUCGAUCUCCUUUGAAGUUCCAACGAACACCCGUACGGCAGUCAGUCCUGAGGUUCAACUCUCUGAACCAGAGGAAAAAUGUCAGGUCUGGGUGGUGUGCUACAAGAGAAGGUUCCUCCAUGGUUAACGCGGUUAGUUUAGAAAGUGAUGAUUUCAGUGGAGUUCAACAACAACCUCAACCUGGUGAGGUCUCCUGCCCAUCUCCUAAUGAUAAUGAGGUUUCUUCAAAGCCAAAGCUACCAGUAACAGCCAACAGUAGGCACUGUGCCUUGGGGGAUGUAACCAACAUGGUGGCACCCAAAGCAAAGGACAAUGGAUCAUCAGCCCCUAAAUGUGCCACGUCAGAAGCGGCCAAGUCUGUCCUGCUUAAAACAGCUGAGAAAGGGUACCGAGGUUCACCCAAGAACCCCCUUACACACAGCACACUUCUCUCAGCUAUGAAACCUAUAGAUCUGUGAAAGUACCAUAGAAUUGAAAUGAGUCAUUUCAGCUUAUUGCUUUGCUAUUUCUUAAUUUCAUCUUCAGGGGUCUUAAUUUAUUCUGUGACAUUGCUUUUAAGCUGUUCUUGGUUUAAUGUAGUAGUUGUGAUAUAUGCAUUCAUUCAGUCCAGCCAUGACAUUAGUUAAGUUAUGGGCCAGAAAAGUGUGAUGAGAAAACACAUCUGAACAACGAUGGAACAUCGUUCUGGGUGUUUUAUUAAUGUAGCAGAAGCUAAAUUAAUAGUCAGUGGUAUAAUGGCAGAGGGCUUAACCACACUUUGUUAAAGAAACGAUACGAGAAGCAAGUGAAAGAUUGAAUGUAGGAAGUGAAAUUGUGAAGUGAAAGGGUUCACCAUAGAGUUGCUGUGUACGUCUGUGUGACCUGGAUGGAAGGAUUUUAGUUAGCAGUCUUGUUUACAUUUUAUUUAUUUGCUUUUUAUUCCAAAAUGAAUGGUUAAAGUCCUAAGCAGUGAUGUUAAUGAGUGGUGAAAAAUACUGUUGUGUGUCAAGAAGGCUUUGUAUGAAUAUAACAGUGUUAUAGAGUCAUUUUAUAACAAAUUUCAAAACAUCAAAAAUGUUAAUCUGUUAUGUAUAAUGCUUAUGUUAUAGAACUUUUUAUGAGCAUAAAAUUCAGUUACAAACUCA